CCCAAAAAUCUUUUACCCCUGGUUCAAUCGCUUUCCACGUUCAUCGUCAUCAUCUUCUUCAUCGAAACCCUUCAUUUCGUCACACAGAAGAAUUCCAAAAACCAACCAACGAGAGCCACGCUUCCAUUCGAACAGUCCUUGAGAAGUUGUUGCUACUUUAUUGCACCUUGUCUCCUCCCUCCCCUCUACUCUCGUCUUCCAUUGAAAGAACUUCCCAAGCUCCGAGUUAAGAAGAAAAAUCAACUUUCUUACAUGCAGCAGCAGCAGGGAUGAGGAAUCCGGUAAAGAUCCUGACCCGAUUCCCCAAACGGGUCCUGGAUCUCGACUGGAGGCUCCUCCUUCUCAUCCUCUUCUCCCUCACACUUGUCGCAUAUGUUUCACUCUCUUCCUCUUCCUCUUCCCCCACCACUCUGCUCGUCUCCGUCUCCAACCUUAUCCCCUUCAAAUCCCUAAUCCGAGCUCGCCCAAUUCAACCUAAGCUGCAUCCGCUGAAUAGGUCCCGAAUUGCCGUCUGUUUGGUGGGCGGCGCGCGGCGGUUCGAGCUCACCGGCCCCUCCAUUUUGGAAAGGAUCCUUCGAGUCUACGAGAAAUCGGAUCUGUUCCUCCAUAGUCCUUUGGAUUCCAAUUCGUAUAAGCUUAUGUUGCUGAGCGAUUCCCCCAGAAUCGCUUCUGUAAAGAUUUUCAAACCCAAACGCAUACCCGAGACCCCGCAGGAGCUCCGAGUCCUCACCGCGCACACCUCGCCGAACGGUAUUCAGGGCUUAUUGCAGUACUUCAAUCUGGUCGAAGGAUGUCUAACAAUGAUCAAAGAGUAUCAAGAAGAGCACAGCUUCACCUAUGAUUGGAUAAUCCGGACCCGGGUAGACGGAUACUGGGCCGGCCCAUUGGGCCCAGAGAAUUUCAUCCGGGGUAAAUAUUUGGUCCCGGCGGGCUCGCAGUAUGGUGGGCUGAACGAUCGGUUUGGGUUAGGGGACUACAACACCUCGGUCGUAGCACUUUCGAGGCUAUCCUUAAUUCCGAAGCUCGACUCGGCCAAGUUAACGAAACUUAACUCCGAGGCUGCCUUCAAGGCCCAACUCACCACUCAAAAUGUCGACUUUGUUGCCAAGGCCUUACCUUUUUGUAUAGUGACCGAUCGUUGCUACAAAUUUCCUCCGUCCGGCUUCGGAGUGCCGGUCGCAGCCAUGUCGAGCCCAGGCCCAUUGAGCGGCGCUAAAUGUCGACCUUGCAAGCCCGUUUGCACUGGGCCCUGCGUUGGGCCUGUAAUGAAUCGGCUUUAUCGAGGGUGGAGCUGGAUGGAGUGGCGAAACAACACUAUAAAUCUCUGUGAUGCUCAUAGGGAAUGGGAGGAAGGUUGGCAAGGUUUAUUCGAUAAGGUUGCCGGGACUCGCCUCGCGGGUGCAAGAAAAAAGGUUGCGACUUUGAGUAUGGAUCGAUGUGUCCAAGGAAUUAAGAAGCUGAGGAAACAAUCGGCCCACUGGUAUGGGCCUACGGCCCAAGAAAUUUGCAGGCUGGGCCUCGAAUCAGGUCGAUGAAAGUUAAAGGAGAUACAUUGUAUAUGUAAAGUUAUUCUUUCAAAUAAUGCAAACUAUAGAGGAUUAGGGGUAUUCAUUCUUUUGGAGUCUAUUUAGUUUUGAUCAUACAACACUGUACUGUACUGAAAAUUCGAAGACUAUAUUAAACAAAUAUACACAGCAAAGUUUCAGGCCACAAA